CUACCUUUUGAAAGAUGGCCAAAUAGUCAGAUUCAAUCUGACUGCAUAUUCAUAAGAAACAAAAUUAGUUACAUUAAAAAAUAUACAUCAUAUUUUUUCAUCCAUACAUCAUAAUUAGAACCCAUAAUUAAAACUGUGUACUCCAUUCCAAAGAUGACAGUCAUGGGACAAUUCUAUUUCAUACAACCCAACAUAGUAUUUAAAAGUGAAUAGUAUGAUAUACAUUAAACAACAUUACAUUCAAUAUAUGAAUAUCAUUUAAGAAAAAGUCAACAACCAACCUCCUAGAUAACGAUUAAACUAAAGAAAAGAAUCCAUUUACAAUUAUAAACCAAGAGUGGGCCGAGUUCAUUCAAAAUGAAAAAUAAGAUAAAAAAGUAAUCUUCAUCAACAAACAUUCAUAAACAAAACUUAAAAAAGAAAGUUCGUCUCCUACUUUCGGAGUUCUCGACGGUCGGCUAGAGUUUUCUCUUCUCUUGCUUCAAUCUACUUUCAAUCUACUGAUUCUCUGGUGUUUUUAAAUGGAUCCGACCAAUAUUGAUAAUGGUAUAGCAGCGAUUUCUCUGGACAACGAGGAUGAAGAUGGUUUGGUCUUUGGCGAUGAAAUUGGGGACUCAUCAAUUCAGCAGCCGGCUUACGAUUUCUGCCUCGUGGGCCGGUUCCUUACAGAGCGUCCGGUCAAUUUUGUGGCGAUGAAGAAUACGAUGGCUUCUCUGUGGCGUCCGGAGGAAGGAAUGGUGGUGAAGGAAGUGGGCGCAGGUUUGUAUAUCUUCCAAUUUGGUGCAUUGGCAGAGAUGGAGCGGGUAAUGGAGAUGUGUCCGUGGUCUUUCAAUAACCAAGCGCUACUCCUAGAACGACUGGGUAGAUCUCAAGAUCCCUCCGAGGUGUCGCUGCAUCAUCUCUAUGUGUGGGUGCGAGUCUAUGGGUUAAAACGCGGUUUCUUCUCGGAAAGAGUGGCUCAACGAUUGGGGAAUGAGAUUGGUCAGUUUGUUGAGGCAGACCCUAAAAAUUUUAGCAACCCAUGGUCCUCCUAUCUUAGAAUAAGGGUGAAGCUAGAUGUGCAGAAGCCUUUGAAGAAAGGGACACGACUGAAGAGGGAAGGAAAGGAAUGGUUUCAUGUGGAUUUUGCAUAUGAGAGGCUGCCCACCUUUUGUUUUGUGUGCGGUCGCUUAGGAGAUCGCAACACAAAGUUCUUUCAUGCUCAAGCCUCUGAACGACAGCGCCUCAACAGGAUCGACAGGUUGACGGAUUCAAAUGGUCAAUUGCGUACAUGGAGCAAUGGUCUUGAGGAUACUAUUAAGGAGUACUUUGAGGAGCUUUAUCAUGCCCAAGGGAAUCCAGGCCAUAUUAUCCAGUCAUUAAUUCCCUCCCUAGUUUCAAGGGAGGAUAAUGCUAUGUUACGACAGCCUUAUUCCUAUGAAGAGGUUCGACAAGCGGUAUUCUCUAUGCAUCCUGACAAAUCCCCCGGGGGGGAUGGUUUUAAUCCAGCUGUGGGAUCUUUCCACGACUGGCUUUUAGCUGUCUUGCAUUUGUUUAAUGAGUACGAUAAGGGCUUAGCGUUCCAUCUUUUAUGGAUGAUUUGGUCUGCACGUAAUGCUAAGGUUUGGAAGGGAGUGAGACGCUCUCCCUUGGAGGUCUGGACGCGGACCUACAGAGACUAUGAAGACUGGUGGAGGAUGCCAACCCCUAGGAAUUCCACAACGACUAAUCUUAGAGCUGAACCUGGUGCAACAAAGGGAUGGGAGAGGCCACCGGUGAAUUAUUUAAAGGUGAACGUGGAUGCCUCAUCAGGACUUGUUGAUAGGUAUGUAGGCCUGUGUUUUAUUGUGCGAGAUUAUGAAGGCCGAUUCGUAGCUGCUAAAAGUAUUAAAUGUAGAGGGAGUUUUGGUCCACGUGAAGCAGAAGCCAUCGCAGUUAAGGAAGCACUUAGUUGGAUUAAAAGUAAAGGCUGGAAACAAGUCCUUGUGGAAACAGACUGUAAGGAGGUUGUCGAUUCACUUAAUAGUACUAUCAUGGACUGGUCUUACUUUAACUCUAUCAUUGAAGAUUGUAAGCGUCUCCAAAUGCUCUGUGCAGGAGACCUUAAUUUUUGUUUUACUCCUCGCUCCGGAAACGAGGCAGCGCAUUUGUUAGCGCGUAGUAGUUGCAAUGAUGAUGUUGUAGGGGAGUGGUUUGACACACCCCCAAACUUUAUUCCUUUGAUUUCCUAAUUUAAUUAUUUUGUUUCAAAAAAAAAUCAACAAACAUUCAUAAUUCAAGAGCUAAUACUUCUUCCAAUCGUACUCCCUUUCAUCAUUUAUAAAAUAUGCGUUAUUGAGAGUGUAAAAUAUGCUUUCUCUAGACUGUAGAAUUUUAUUAAUUCAAACCAAAUUUUUAACAGUUUUUACUUGAAAAUAAUCUUGUCCAAUGUUC